CAGAGACAGAGUGACAGAGUGCAUAGAGAGAGAAGUGGAGACCAUUCUCUCAUCUCUCCUCAUCCUCCCCUAGUCUUCCCUCCUUCCUAGCCUUUGUCCUCUUGUACCACCAGGCUGGAACACCCUCUUCUGUCAUUUUACAGUUUCCUAUCCUCUUAGAUACAGAGAAAAAAUUGUCAGAGGCUCAUCCCUAAGCUCCUUGGUUAGUGGAAGGAGUCUCCAUAAUGCGUGUGGAAAAAUCCUGCCUCAGUGCCCCAACGCCCCUCCUGCCCAUGAGCCUGGCCAGCACAGGGCUGUUGGUGGUAACCGGGUGUCACUAAUUACCACCAUCUGGUUCUCAGAGCAGAGCUGGUUGGAGGGCUGGGGUUAGGGGAGGCAGAAUGAAGGGCUUUUUUGGAAAGCCAGAGACAGACACCCAGGCCACAAGAUACAGGACGAGGCUAGGAGAGUGCAGCACAUGUGAACCAUCACUCCCGGUCACGCCACUCCUGCUCGUCCAUGCAUAUCAGCCCUGAAGGAAACAUGCACGUGCGGGCGCAAGGACAAGUGCAGAGACGUGCACCCUCUCUGCAAGACAGGAAGUGCAGAAAUGAAAACACGUGAAGAGAUUCCGUUCCAUGGAGGCCACCCAUGCUGGCAGACGUGCCCACGUGGAUACUCUCCUAUGCAUGGCAGACACCUCUUCUGCAGUUCCUGGCGAUCCAAGCCAGGGGAUGGGAGACUGGGGAGGGGUACGGGAGGUUGCUUGAAGGUGAAGGAAGAAAGAUUCAAGUCCUCGGGUGACCCUGCUCACCCCUACCUUGCACCCACUGACCUGAGAUCCAGACAACAAUGCUUGCAUGGAAAAAAAAAUCACUAACCUCCUCCUGGCUAUUUUGGGGGAGGAGCCUCUUGGUUCACUGGCAAAAAGAGCAGCCGCCUCCAGCUCUGUGGGUUUGGGUGGGGAGGGUGGCCAGGGGUGUGGGGCGUUGCCCGAGAGGCAGGCUGGAGUGGAAAGAACUGGGUGGCACUGACUACCACUGUUUCCAUUUCCUCACCACCACCAGCCCGGCUCCAAAGAGAUUCAUCCUUGCAGGAAACCAGGAGUCCCUUAAACAUUUUCUUCGUAUUACGAAAGUAUAAAAUACAGAAGAGUAUAGAAUACAAAAAAGUACAAAAACAAAACAAAAGAAGCUAAUCAUUCCUUCAUCUAAAGAUAAUCACCAUCAAAGUUUUAAGGUGCAGUAUCUGAAUCCUUCUCCUAGAUGGCUGUGGCCAUGUGGGGUGAGAGUGUAUUUCUUAAAAAUUGAAAUCCAGGUUUUCUCCUCCUCCUUAUCACGUCAGAAUAAGAGGUGGGGCUGCUUGGGCGCAAAGGGGCUCUGGGACCCGACAGUGCAGUGACAACCCAGUUCUCCUCCUGGGCACCCAGGAAGCAUUGCAGACUCGCCCAUCGUGGGGGGCGGUGGGAGGACUCUGCAGGUGUCCUUUCUGCAGGAAGCCGGGAGAGGACUGAGAGAAAAGACAGGGGGAAAAAGGAAGACUAGGAUGGUGAUGUCGAAUGUCACAAAGAGGCAGGAGUGUGGGGAGGGACAGGCCAGGAGAGACUCCAAAUCUCUGGCCCCCUGGCAGGGACAGGUGGGACACCUUGGUCUGUGCCCCUCCCUCUGGAGAGCGCGGUGAGGCGAGGAGGGCGAGCGAGAGGGUGAAGGCCUGGGGAGGGGGGCCUGGGCGUCCGGCCCCCCUCCUCCCUCCUGGACCCACAGACAAUGCCCUUGGUGGCGAGUCCGGCACACCUGCUCUUUGCGGCUCUGACCGGGCCGGCCCCUUCCCACCCUUCCCCCUCCAGGACCGGCUUUAUGGGCGGCUGUUUCCUUGGCAGGUGCUCCCUUCCUGGGCCUGCCCCGCUUAUCGGUGCAUCUACACCCCCACCCCAGCCUUAUCGCUCCCUCCAUCUCCUUAGACUGGAAGUCAUUCUGCGCUGCCCUGACCCCCGGCGAGGCACAAAAAUGCCCCACAAGUGGAACCCUCCCCUCUCCUGGACAAAAGGUUCCCAGGAAGCAACAAGGUCUGGAGAGUGACCUGGAGCUGUGAUCCCCCUUCAAAGCCAGUUCUGGCCUCGGUACUAGCUGUGCGGCUUGGGGCCAUCAUACCCCCUCUCUGUGCUGUCUUCUCAUCCAGAAAGCAGAAAACCCCGCCCUGUUCCCAUUUACCACGUAGGUCUAUUGAGUGACUGCGAUUCAAUAGCAUCGAUUCCAAAACGAUCAGGAAGCCAAGCGCAAGCCGCAAGCUGAGGUAUAGAGUAGGCCCCCUCUUAUCCUCGGGGGAUACGGUCCAAGACACCAGAGGGUGCCAGAAACCGCAAUAGUACCCAGCCCUAUAUAUACUAUGUUUUGUCCUUUAUGAAUAUACUUGUGAUAAAGUUUAAUUUGUAAAUUAGGCACAGUAAGAGAUUAACAAUAAUGACAAAAUGGAAAACUAUAACAAUAUGCUAUAAGUUCUGUGAAUGUGGUCUCCUCUCUCUCUCCCUAAGCACCUUAAGUGUACUGUAGUCACCUGUUUUCGAGCUGUGGCUGACCUCAGGUAUCUGACAUCUUGGACAGUGAAACCGUGGAUUCAGGGGACCAGUUUAUGAAAUGACACAUCACUGUCUUAUCUUUACACACUCCUCAGAUAAAUCCUUACACACGUCUCAUUUCUGGAAAGAGCCCCAAACGUGGAACCAAGAUAUCUUUGUCCUCUGCCUUUGCUCUGCUCCUGCUGUUCAACCUCCACAGAAACACGGGCCCUGGGGAUCCUCUGAGCUGCACCCCGGUGUGUGAGAGCCAGCUCAGCUCUGCAGGCUCAGGGACAGAGGUGACCAGGAGACCAGGGUGCACGGGAAGCUCUGAGAAGCAGCCUGUGGGGCCUCAUGAGCCCACUCGUGGAGGAGGGAUGUGCAGGGCGUGAGCGCUGUGAUACCUGCUUUCCGGAUACUCCCAUGAGACAGUGUGAUCGUUACCCCGAGUUUGCAGUCGCUGCCAUCCGAGACCUGUUCCUUUCAUCACAUUCCUUAACCCGCCGGCGCCUGCGAGGAGGAGACAUGGGGGCUUGCCCACCCAAGGCAAAAGGGCCCUGGCUCCAACCCCAGACACCUCUGCUCUCCUGGCUGUUCAGAGAACAAGACUGGGACCAGCACCUGGACCAGGCUUACAUGCUGCAACAGAAGAGGAUUCGAGAGUCUCCACUGCUCCAGGCCGCCAAAGAAAACGACCUGUUUGCCCUUAGGCAACUUAUGCUGGACCCAACCUGUGACUUUCGACAAAGAGGAGCGCUGGGGGAGACGGCGCUGCACGUCGCUGCCCUCUACGACAACCUGGAGGCGGCCACGGCGCUGAUGGAGGCCGCCCCAGAUCUGGUACGCGAGCCCACCUUGUACGAGCCUCUUGUAGGUCAGACUGCACUGCACAUCGCUAUCGUGAACCAGAACGUGAACCUGGUGCGAGCCCUGCUGGCCCACGGGGCCAGUGUCUCUGCCAGAGCUACAGGAGCCGCCUUCCGCCGCAGUCCCCAGAACCUCAUCUACUUCGGGGAGCACCCUUUGUCCUUUGCCGCGUGCGUGGGCAGCGAGGAGAUCGUGCGGCUGCUCAUUGAGCAUGGAGCCAACAUCCGGGCCCAGGACUCCCUGGGAAACACAGUGUUGCACAUCCUCAUCCUCCAGCCCAACAAAACCUUCGCCUGCCAGAUGUACAACCUGCUGCUGUCCUACGAUGGCCGUGGAGACCACCUGCAGCCCCUGGAGGCAGUGCCCAACCACCAGGGGCUCACCCCCUUCAAGCUGGCCGGAGUGGAGGGCAACACCGUGAUGUUCCAACACCUGAUGCAGAAGCGGAAGCACAUCCAGUGGACGUACGGGCCGCUGACCUCCACCCUCUACGACCUCACCGAGAUCGACUCCUGGGGAGAGGAGCUGUCCUUUCUGGAGCUCGUGGUCUCCUCCAGCAAGCGGGAGGCUCGCCAGAUCCUGGAACAGACCCCAGUGAAGGAGCUGGUGAGCUUCAAGUGGAACAAAUACGGGCGGCCGUACUUCUGUGUGCUGGGGGCCUUGUACCUGCUCUACAUGGCGUGCUUCACGGCAUGCUGCAUCUACCGCCCCCUCAAGUUCCGUGGCAGCAACCGCACUCAUUCUCGAGAUAACACCAUCCUCCAACAGAAACUACUACAGGAGGCCUACGUGACGCAUCAGGAUAUAGUCCGGCUGGUGGGAGAGCUGGUGACCAUCCUUGGGGCCGUGAUCAUCCUGCUCCUAGAGAUCCCAGACAUCUUCAGGGUCGGUGCCUCUCGCUAUUUUGGACAGACGAUUCUUGGGGGGCCUUUCCAUGUCAUCAUCAUCACCUACGCCUUCAUGGUGCUGGUCACCAUGGUGAUGCGGCUCACCAACACCGACGGGGAGGUGGUGCCCAUGUCCCUGGCCCUGGUGCUGGGCUGGUGCAGUGUCAUGUACUUUGCCAGAGGAUUCCAGAUGCUGGGCCCCUUCACCAUCAUGAUCCAGAAGAUGAUUUUUGGAGACCUGAUGCGUUUCUGCUGGCUGAUGGCUGUGGUCAUCCUGGGCUUUGCCUCAGCGUUCUAUAUCAUUUUCCAGACGGAGGACCCAACCAAUCUGGGCGAAUUCUACGACUACCCCAUGGCAUUGUUCAGCACCUUCGAGCUUUUCCUCACCAUCAUUGACGCGCCCGCCAACUACGAAGUGAACUUGCCCUUCAUGUUUGGCAUCGUCAACUUUGCCUUUGCCAUCAUCGCCACGCUGCUUAUGCUCAACCUGUUCAUCGCCAUGAUGGGUGACACACACUGGAGGGUGGCCCAGGAGCGGGACGAGCUCUGGAGAGCCCAGGUCGUGGCCACCACGGUGAUGCUGGAGAGGAAGAUGCCGCGCUUCCUGUGGCCGCGCUCUGGGAUCUGCGGGUUCCACUAUGGGCUGGGGGACCGCUGGUUCCUGCGGGUGGAGAACCACCACUCCCAGAGCGCGCUGCGCGUGCUGCGCUACGUGGAGGCCUUCAAGGGCCCGGACAAGGAGGACGGGCAGGAGCAGUUUUCCGAGAAACAGCCCUCCGUAGCUGAGAGUGGGACCCUGGCUAGAGCCUCCCUGGCCCUGCCGACGCCCUCCCUGUCCCGGACCACGUCCCGCAGCAGCAGCCACCGGGGCUGGGAGGUCCUUCGUCGCAACACCCUGGGACACGUGAAUCUCGUCCUGGACGUCGGUGAGGGGGACGGAGAGGAGGUCUACCGUCUAUGAUUGGCAUCCCCGCCACUCUUGACCUGACUCCGGGUGGGCCUCGGGACGGGGACGGACAGGGAGACACCUGCCUGCGCAAGUAUCUCCCUUUCAUGCCUAUGAAGCGUGGGAGGGUGUGGACAGAACACUUCCUCAGGGCCAUGUCUCCCUCCACAUCAGCGUUUCUGGAGCUGGGGCAUGGGCAUGCAUUGUCCCACACAUUUUCUGGGUUCUUUGAAGUCCUUGGGAAAAGGAGGUACCGCUGGAAAGUAACUGCUGCGAGCCCUACCUGGUUCCACAGGCCUUAACGUGGGAAGAGCCAGGCGUGACAUAGAGGACGUGGCCAUUCCUUUUUUCCUAACCUCCUGCAGGACUCUCUCCCCACCUAGCAACCAAACCCCAACUAC